UUUUACUUUGCUGGGAUGUUUCGCAUCACCAACAUUGAGUUUCUUCCUGAACACCGACAAAAGGAGUCCAGGGAAUUUCUUUCAGUGUCACGGACUGUGCAGCAAGUGAUAAACCUGGUUUAUACAACAUCUGCCUUCUCCAAAUUUUAUGAGCAGUCUGUUGUUGCAGAUGUCAGCAGCAACAACAAAGGCGGCCUCCUUGUCCACUUUUGGAUUGUUUUUGUCAUGCCACGUGCCAAAGGCCACAUCUUCUGUGAAGACUGCGUUGCCGCCAUCUUGAAGGACUCCAUCCAGACAAGUAUCAUAAACCGGACCUCUGUGGGGAGCUUGCAGGGUCUGGCUGUGGACAUGGACUCUGUGGUACUAAAUGACAAAGGCUGCUCUCAGUACUUCUAUGCAGAGCAUCUGUCUCUCCACUACCCGCUGGAGAUUUCUGCAGCCUCAGGGAGGCUGAUGUGUCACUUCAAGCUGGUGACCAUAGUGGGCUACCUGAUUCGUCUCUCAAUCAAGUCCAUCCAAAUCGAAGCCGACAACUGUGUCACUGACUCCCUGACCAUUUACGACUCCCUUUUGCCCAUCCGGAGCAGCAUCUUGUACAGAAUUUGUGAACCCACAAGAACAUUAAUGUCAUUUGUUUCUACAAAUAAUCUCAUGUUGGUGACAUUUAAGUCUCCUCAUAUACGGAGGCUCUCAGGAAUCCGGGCAUAUUUUGAGGUCAUUCCAGAACAAAAGUGUGAAAACACAGUGUUGGUCAAAGACAUCACUGGCUUUGAAGGGAAAAUUUCAAGCCCAUAUUACCCGAGCUACUAUCCUCCAAAAUGCAAGUGUACCUGGAAAUUUCAGACUUCUCUAUCAACUCUUGGCAUAGCACUGAAAUUCUAUAACUAUUCAAUAACCAAGAAGAGUAUGAAAGGCUGUGAGCAUGGAUGGUGGGAAAUUAAUGAGCACAUGUACUGUGGCUCCUACAUGGAUCAUCAGACAAUUUUUCGAGUGCCCAGCCCUCUGGUUCACAUUCAGCUCCAGUGCAGUUCAAGGUUUUCAGACAAGCCACUUUUGGUAGAAUAUGGCAGUUACAACAUCAGUCAACCCUGCCCUGUUGGAUCUUUUAGAUGCUCCUCCGGUUUAUGUGUCCCUCAGGCCCAGCGUUGUGAUGGAGUAAAUGACUGCUUUGAUGAAAGUGAUGAACUGUUUUGCAUGAGCCCUCAACCAGCCUGCAAUACCAGCUCCUUCAGGCAGCAUGGCCCUCUCAUCUGUGAUGGCUUCAGGGACUGUGAGAAUGGCCGGGAUGAGCAAAACUGCACUCAAAGUAUUCCAUGCAACAACAGAAGUUUUAAGUGUGGCAAUGAUAUUUGCUUUAGGAAACAAAAUGCAAAAUGUGACGGGACAGUGGAUUGUCCAGAUGGAAGUGAUGAAGAAGGCUGCACCUGCAGCAGGAGUUCCUCCGCCCUUCCCCGCAUCAUCGGAGGCACAGACACCCUGGAGGGGGGUUGGCCGUGGCAGGUCAGCCUCCACUUUGUUGGAUCUGCCUACUGUGGUGCCUCAGUCAUCUCCAGGGAGUGGCUUCUUUCUGCAGCCCACUGUUUUCAUGGAAACAGGCUGUCAGAUCCCACACCAUGGACUGCACACCUUGGGAUGUAUGUUCAGGGGAAUGCCAAGUUUGUCUCCCCGGUGAGAAGAAUUGUGGUCCACGAGUACUAUAACAGUCAGACUUUUGAUUAUGAUAUUGCUUUGCUACAGCUCAGUAUUGCCUGGCCUGAGACCCUGAAACAGCUCAUUCAGCCAAUAUGCAUUCCUCCCGCUGGUCAGAGAGUUCGCAGUGGGGAGAAGUGCUGGGUAACUGGCUGGGGGCAAAGACACGAAGCAGAUAAUAAAGGCUCCCUCGUUCUGCAGCAAGCGGAGGUAGAGCUCAUUGAUCAAACCCUCUGUGUUUCCACCUACGGGAUCAUCACAUCUCGGAUGCUCUGUGCAGGCAUAAUGUCAGGCAAGAGAGAUGCCUGCAAAGGAGAUUCGGGUGGACCUUUAUCUUGUCGAAGAAAAAGUGAUGGAAAAUGGAUUUUGACUGGCAUUGUUAGCUGGGGACAUGGAUGUGGACGACCAAACUUUCCUGGUGUUUACACAAGGGUGUCAAACUUUGUUCCCUGGAUUCAUAAAUAUGUCCCUUCUCUUUUGUAAUUGUACCAGUUGUAUUUUUACUGUGAUUUAUGUUAAAAAUAGAUACUUUAAAAUGAUGCAGUAAUUGGCUGGGUGCGCUGGCUCACACCUGUAAUCCCAGCACUUUGGGAGGCCGAGGCGGGCAGAUCACGAGGUCAGGAGGUCAAGACCAUCCUGGCUAACAUGGUGAAACCCUGUCUCUACU